AUGGACGAAGACAACGCUGAGCUCAGAAAUCCCUUUCCUUCACCUCCUUCUCAUUAUACAAAGUACACGACACACAAUCUUAACCUUCUUGCCUUACUCAAGGAAAGGGCUCCUGAAGACCAGGAUGCCAAUCAACACGAGAUUCUGAAAGACCAGACUGACGUGCCCGACUGGCCUCUUAUACAACUCGAGAAACCCCGUGUAGACUGGAUACUUGAAGAGCCGGAUGCAUACUAUGAUGUCUUCGGUGAUAGGUGGUUUGUGAAGGAAAAGAUUCCUUCGUUGGGAGAACUAGGAGGAAACCAGCUCUACCCUGCUGACCCUACCAUAGACCGUCGUCCUGCUCUACGUUCUAUACUGAGGUCAUUGUUGGUUACAUAUUCAUCUUUGAUGGGUGCCCUUUUGUCCCCCCCUCCCCUAUCGCCAGAGGUGCCUCCGGAUUGGCAACGACACGUCGAAUGGAUAAACGUGCUAAGUCAAAACCUGAUGGCUGCUGCCAACGACCUACGACCUGUCCAGGCUCGCGGCAAUCUUGAGAUGAUGAUGAAACGUCAACUGGACCUCAGAAGGGAGGAAACUAGAAAGAUUCAUGAGAAAUGCGACACCCUGAGCACAAAAUUAAACCAACUGCGCUCCACUGUGCAAAGAAUGUUGGCCGACGAAAACACUCCUUCCCAACCAGAGGCGAAGACUUCAAAUAACCAACCUUCUCCUCAAAUCACCCAAGUUGACGUAUUGAAUUGGGCGGAACAAGUUUAA